UUUAAGUCCAUGAGUGGGCUUAACCGAGCGUGCCCUCAAAACUCAAAACUUUAAACCCUAAACCCUAGUCCCCUCUUCUUGCUGCAGACCCAUAAAACUUUCGAACUGCGGUGUCGUUUGGUAUCCGCGAUGGGGAAGAGCAAGGGCAAGCAGCGGAAGCAGGUAACUCUGCCGCCGGAACUCCCGCCGGAAAUAACUGAGGACGAAAUUGAAGUCUCCGACGAGGACCUCCAAUUCGUUGACGAGAACACAGACUACGCUGGCUUCGUCUCUCGUUUGGACACUCAUUCUAUCACCAGGCAAGUCACUCGGGUGGAGGGUUUGUCUGAAGAUGCUUUGGAAGCUUUAUAUGAGAAACGAAGAAGGAAGGCACUGGAGCAGAAAGAAAAUGAAAAAAGUGUUGUUCAAGUUGAUCCUCUUGAUGCCCUUCCUGUCAAGACUUUGGAUGGAGAAGUCUACUACCGGACAUUUUCUCAGAUACCAGAAGUAGCUGAAAAUGAAGAAGGGAAUGAAGAUAAGAGCAUAGUUAAGCUGACAAAAGCUGAAAGGAGGGCAAAGCUUAAAAGGAGUAAGAAAGAGGCUAAGAAACAAGGGAAGGAAUUGGCUAAAACUGAAGAAGUGCAACCAACUCAACAAGAAGCCGUACUGGCAGAGGUGAAAGAAGACCUCAUGGUGGAGGAAACAUUUGAAACCAAAAAGUGCAAGCUAGCUGAGCUUGGAAUGGCACUACUUGCUGACCCAGAGUCAAAUAUUAAGUCUCUGAAAGAGAUGUUGCAAUUCGCGAAAGAUGGUGAUCAUUCUAUUGUAAAGCUUGGCCUGCUGUCCUUGCUGGCAGUCUUCAAAGACAUUAUUCCUGGCUACCGGAUUAGGCUUCCUACUGAAAAAGAGCUAGAAAUGAAAGUUUCCAAAGAAGUUAAGAAAAUGCGGUUCUAUGAAUCAACUCUUCUAUCAGCAUACAAGGGAUACCUUCAGAAGUUGCUAGCAUUAGACAAACAGCCCAUAUUUCAUCAUGUUGUGGUUCGUUGUAUUUGUACUUUGCUCGAUGCUGUUCCUCACUUCAACUUCCGUGAAAGCUUGUUAGGUGCUGUUGUCAGAAAUAUAGGCUCCUCAGAUGAUGUUGUAAGGAGACUUUGCUGUGCAACUAUUAAGUCUCUUUUUACCAAUGAGGGGAAACACGGUGGUGAAGCUACUGUUGAGGCCGUUCGGCUGAUUGCAGAUCAUGUGAAAGCUCAUGAUUGUCAACUGCAUCCUGAUUCUGUUGAGGUUUUGAUGUCUUUGUCAUUUGAUGAGGAUCUUGGGAAGCCUGAAGUUCAAGUAGGUAAUAAUAAAAUGAAGAACAAGAAAAAUAAAAAGAGAAAGAAUAUUGAGGAGACAAAUCAAAUACAAGGAAAUGACAGAAAGAAAGGUAAGCGAGAAAUGAUGGCAAAGAUGAAGGAAGAGGUUGCUGCAGAUUAUAAAGCUGUUGCUUAUACUCCAGAUGUUGAGGAACGGAAGAAGAUGCAAUCUGAGACACUUUCUGCUGUAUUUGAGACAUAUUUCCGGAUCUUGAGGCAUACCACACAAUCAUCUGUAGCCAGUUCUGAAGCAAAUGGUAGUACAGCUCCUGGUGCAUCUGGGGCACAUCCACUUCUAGCUCCAUGUUUGAGUGGUUUAGGAAAGUUUUCUCACCUGAUUGACUUGGAUUACAUUGGAGACCUUGUGAAUUAUUUGAAAAGGCUUGCCUCUGGAGGUAGCAACUCAGAUGGUUCUGCACAGAAAGUUCAAAAUAUGACUGUGUCUGAGUGCCUUCGCUGCUGCAUUGUUGCUUUUAAAGUUAUGAGGAGCAAUCUUGAUGCUCUGAAUGUUGAUUUACAAGACUUUUUUGUCCAGCUUUACAAUCUUGUACUUGAGUACAGGCCUGGAAGCAGAGAUCAAGGUGAAGUGCUAGCUGAGGCUCUGAAGAUCAUGCUAUGUGAUGAUAGGCAACAUGACAUGCAAAAGGCAGCUGCAUUUGUAAAACGCUUAGCCACAUUUUCCUUGUGCUUCGGAUCUGCAGAAUCCAUGGCUGCCUUGGUAACGUUAAAGAAUCUUCUUCAGAAAAAUGUAAAGUGCCGAAAUCUAUUGGAAAAUGAUGCUGGUGGUGGCUCUGUGUCAGGAUCCAUUGCAAAAUACCAACCACAUGCCUCAGACCCCAACUUAAGUGGUGCACUGGCUUCCGUCCUUUGGGAACUGGAUCUUCUAUCUAAACACUAUCACCCAACCAUAUCAACACUGGCUUCAAGCAUCUCUGGCAUGAACACUGCUCAGAACCAGGUUUAUCUCUCCAUCUCUCCUCAACAAGCUUUUAUAAACUUGUCACUAGAGCAGGAGUCAUUCAACCCAAAAUUCAGCACUCAGAAAUCAAAUAACAAGAGGAAAAGAGGCACCGGGCCUUCAACAUUAGCUUCUAUCAACCCUACUUCAAUUGAUGAAAACGAGGUGAGCAAAAAACUGAGCAGGCAUUUCAUGCUUCUUCGGGACAUUAAGGAGAAUGAGAGAGUAAGGGGCGAGUUGGACCGAACAAAGUCAUCCUUACAGUUAUAUGAAGAAUACAAGAAGCAAACGAAGUCAUUAAAGCACAAAACCAAGAAAAGCAAAAAGCGAUUGCCCGUCAACUGAAAUAUGAAGUUCAGAAAUUUUGAGAAUGCAGUGUUUUUGCCAUUAAAUUUUGAGAAUUCAGUUUAGGGUUGUAAGUCAGCAUUUGGUAAUGCUAUAAUCACAAUUUUGGUUGA